AUGAUGCCGAUUGGCACAUCCAUCAGGGGGACGCUAAUCCGCCUCGCCAAACAGUCAACGGAGCUUCCUCGACAGUACACAUAAGGCCUCAAAUGGGUCCGACGAGCACUCGGCUCCACUUGCCACUGUAUCGGACAUGUUGUCACUGUCUAUACGGAGUAUAGUCGCCAGAAAAACUUUUUUUCAAACAGUCGAGAAGACUUUUGAAAAUAUAAUUACUUUCAAAAAACUCAGCUUUAGAGCAAGGAACAGCGAGAAAAAGAGAAGAAAGAACGAAACCAAAAAAAAAUUGAUUUCUUCAACUUCAAAGUCUUGUUCAGACUGAAAGUCUUGCUUGGCAGCUAUAGGGAAGUGACGCUAUGUGUUUAACGUCGGUCAUUAUCAUCAAAAAAAGAAGGAAAAAUUAGUUAAGAAAACUGAAGAAAUGGAACGAAAUGCAAUUAGAAUGAGAGAGCUCUGUAAGAACUACAAAAGAAGCGAACAAAGAGGUCGGGCUCUCGAAAAGAUGUUUUGACGCUUGAGUGCACGAGAGAUUUCGGAAGUCGUGCGGGUCAAGAAGGCUCUAAAUACGGAAGAACAAUGAUUUCAGGACCGGCGAACAUGAAUGCGUCGCGGUACCACUUGCCGGUCGUCGAGCACUGGGAAAUGGCGGCGAGGGGCGUGGCCGCGACCUCGAGCCAUCAGUCGGUUGUCGCGAACGGCGAAUCAUUCGCUGUUCUUUUCUCAAAAAACAGAACAAAAGGAAAAUAAAAUGGAAUCCGAUGUAAAUGUGUUCACUUGAACUCAGAAAGGUAGAUUCAGUGGUUAUUCAAUAGUAAUAGGAAAGAGCUUCUAAAAGAACUAUUUGCUAUCUGAAUAUUUCAUUUUUAGUAUUUUUCUGAUAAAUGAACCUUUUAAAAACAUCUUUUUCACUUAUUAACUUAUUGUUUGAAGUUUAAAACGGAUUUUUUAAACUUCAAACAAUAAGUUAAAGUGAAAAAAGUGUUGAGCUUUUUCCUUGCCUAACAUACCUUCCAAUUUUUCACAUAGCACUCAGCAAAUUUUUUUUUUCGAACUUUCUUUCUUGGGAUCUUCUUUUUAUCUACCGCAAACGUUUAAAAAUCUAUUUUUCGAUGCACGCUUCCGAAAUUUUUUUGUCGUAAUACAGCGAUUGGAGAAAAAAACAAUCUGCAGGUAAAAAAAUGGGAAAAAAAUAAUUUUAUAAAACCUUUGAUCAAGAUUCUGAACGCUUAAGAAAAAGAAAAAAAGGUUGUCGAGAUCUAUAAUAAUAAUAAUUUAUUCACUAUUAAUGACCUCGAAGUUCAAGUUCUAAAAGUUAUUUUGAAAGCAGUACAAAUUAGGUAACUGCUUAGAAUAUAGAUAGAUCCCCAGUGAUUUUACUAAGAUCACGCCGCGGAAGGAGUUAUGACUAAAAUAACCGGUUUCCUGAAGAGGGUCAGCUGUCUUCUUGCUCAUUCGAGCUGUUUUUAGAUGCGUUCUGCUCGCGCAACAUCGAAUUAUGGUGCGAUUGACACGGCCGGCGCCAGCUGCUCAAAAUGGACCUCGAUUCGAACCGUGUGUUCCUUCGAUUUCUACGCCUUCUCAAAUUGCCUUUUCUAUCUCUACAAUGAUAAAACAAAAACGACACUGUGCUUUUUUUUCUGUUUUGAGCAUAUCGAAAUAGUUAAAAUGAUUGCGUUUCAGUGUUUAUUGAUGAGGAAAAUCUUUGAAUCGUUAAAUUAGAUCAUAAUCCCUAGAAGUGUGAGCUUUUCGAAAUUCGGCCAGUAAUAUCUCAAAAAGCGGUGCUGAAUCCUCAAAACCGGAAUAAACCUUUUUGCUAGUUGGCAUCAAACAUCUAGGCAUAUAGCACUCAAUUAAAACAAGAAACUGCCGGGAAAAAAGCAGCCACAUUAGGAGGCUUUAGCUCUGUCGCACACCAAAAGUGAAGUGGCUCCGCCAGAAAUUCGAGCCGCCAAAGUCCUCAGUCGAAUUAUCUAGAUCAACGGGAAGGCUAGUUCUAGUGACACCUGUUUUCCAGAUGAAUACGUCACUUUGAUUCUCCACUUGGUUGACGACAAUCCGAAACUUUUAAUUGAUCCUAGCCACCUAACCUAAUAUAUCUCAUCACGUGUUCUCCGUUAACAAACCCCGAAGUUUCCGCAAAAAAAAUUGAUGAUUAAUGAUAUUAACUGCCGGAAGUUUGGAAUUUAUGCUGGACAAGAUAGAAGAAGACGAUAAAUUUGACUGCUAUACAACAUGAAAAAGUUUCUUUUUUCCAGAAGCUCGCGCAAAUUUUGAUAGAUGACCUUGAUAGAAAUUAUUCAAGAAAUUCGUAUGAAAGAUAACCUUCAGAAGAAAGCUCAGAUUCCUACAACGAACAACAGAGAAAGAACGAUAGCGUUUUUCCAAGCCGUAAAUAGCGCCAGAUAUUGAGGCCAGGUCAUUACUCCAAGGAGCUCGAAACACGCUCCAGAUUUGUCAGACGACGGCAAUUGGACCAAGUGUGUGAUGUUUGAUUGCACUGGCAGGACGUCCGGGAUUGGCCGAUCGCCAACGGCUUUGUGUGCCCAAGGGCAGCCUCAAGAAGGUUCUUGGCGAGGCUCAUAAAGGAGCCAUGCGAGCAAUAAUGAAAUUGGCCGUUCUGAAGGUUUGUUGGGCUCGCGGAGCAGGACAAGAGUGCAUCCUUACGUCCAAUAUUGUCCGACCUCCUCCCAUCCUCAUAAGUUUUGGACUGUGAACUAGAAGGCCUUCUGAGAAAUGAAAACCGACUUUUCUUCUUCCAAAAAGUUCAUACGAGAAAAGAAGCCCCUACGUCGCUGUCACAGGCAAAGUCCAAUAAUCUAACAUAGGAUUUUUGAGAAAAACCUCCUGUUACUCGAAAAAUUGACAGAAACAAGUUCAAAUUAACUUUUUGUAGGUACUUUUCUAAACUUGAAAAAAAAAGGUUUGCCCUCUUCAAGGUUUGGAAGGUUUCAGUAAGUUCUUUUGAACUAUCGAUAGCUAUCAUCAAUGUCAUCGAAAAAACCAUGGCAUCUAACUUGUAACGCAGUUCACAGCCGCAUGAAAUAGUCAGAACUACUCUCAGAGACCCAAGAUGGUUAUCUAACUGUAAAACGGAUGGUGGUGGCUCCUCCUCAUUUCCGGCGAUGAUUAGAGGGGAUUUCGGACAGCCGGCCGUUGGGGCCUUGUCGGCGCCGUCCUGACGUGGGAUUAGCAACCCGAGAGCAACGCCGCCGCCAGUAAUUGCCUUCAUUAUUCACUUUUUAUAGUUGGAAAAGGGAUGCUGGAACCAUCCAAUUCUCACUUCGAGAAUCCUGAGAACGCCAAGAGCGUGAACCGAAUGUUAAUUCUGCUCCAUCUGCGUCGCAUCGCCAUUUCCUAUCCUAAAUCUAAAGAAGACGCCGAGAAAAUUCAUCAAACUCAAGAGAAGCGUAACUCAUGA